AUUUCAAAUCAGAAUCAUCUUUGGAAACCUCACCACACCGCAUCGCCCAGCUACGGUUUGACAACACUGAAGAAUCAACAUGGCCCAAACUAACCCUGCUGGUCUGUUCAAGAUCACUGUUUACGAUCAAGAGAACUUCCAGGGUAAAAGGAUGGAGUUUACAGCAUCGUGCAAGAACAUCAUGGAGUGUGGCUUUGACAAUGUCCGAUCCGUCAAAGUCGACUGUGGAGCGUGGGUUGGCUACGAGCAUUCCAGCUUCUUUGGGCAGCAGUUCAUCCUGGAGAAGGGGGAGUAUCCUCGUUGGGAUGCGUGGAGCGGAAGCAACGCCUACCACACCGAGAGGCUCAUGUCCUUCCGACCCAUCGGCUCUGCGCACCAUAAAGAGUCCAAGAUCAUCAUCUUUGAGAAGGAGAACUUCAUUGGCCGCCAGUGGGAGAUGUGUGAUGACUACCCUUCCCUACAAGCCAUGGGCUGGUGCAACAAUGAAGUUGGAUCCAUGAAGAUCCAGGCUGGAGCGUGGGUGUGUUACCAGUACCCAGGCUACCGUGGCUUCCAGUACAUCAUGGAGUGCGAUCGCCAUGCCGGAGAGUACAAGCACUGGAGGGAGUGGGGGUCCCACGCCCAGACCUGCCAGAUCCAGUCACUCCGCCGUAUCCAGGAGUAAACCCCUCUCUCCAAUACCUCAGCACAGUCACCAAGACGAGCUGCAUCUCUCCAAUACACUGCCUGGCCGUCGCCGCUGCAGAACCGCUACCCGUGUACCGAGAUCGAUUCAACAUUGCAUUGCAACGUAACUUGGGUCAUUAACAUAUUCAAAUAAAA